AUGGAGAACCAAACGUUAGAUCUGAGUGUUCUUCUGGUGGAGGGGCUAAAGGUCAGCCCUCAGUCGUCCGUCCCGGCCUUCAUCCUCCUCCUCCUCAUCUACAUCUUCAUCAUGGUGUCCAACAUCGGGCUGGUGGUUCUGAUCUGCAUGGAGCGCAGCCUGCACCAGCCCAUGUACCUGCUGUUCUGCAACAUGAGCAUCAACGAUGUGUUUGGGGCCACCACCAUCAUCCCGCGCAUCCUGAGUGACGUCUUCCUCCCCAUGUCCCGGCACCUCAUGUCCUAUAACGAGUGCGUGGUGCAGGCCUUCUGCACUCACUACCACGCCUGCAUCGCCCACACCGUGCUCAUGGUCAUGGCGUUCGAUCGCUACGUGGCCAUCUGCAACCCGCUGCGCUACGCCACCAUCAUGACCCCCAGGAUGGUGCUGGGUCUGUCUGUGUGGGUGUGGGCGGUGUCCUUCCUGCUGGUGGGGAUCCUCAUCAUCCUGAGCGCGCGGCUGUCUCGCUGCAGGAGGGUUAUCUUCAACCCGUUCUGCGACAAUGCCUCCCUGUACAAGCUGUCCUGCGAGAACGUGCUCGUCAUCCACGUCUACGGCCUCGGCAUGGCCAUGCUCAUAAUGGCCUGCUCGCUGGGCAGCGUCAUGCUCACCUACCUGAGGAUCGCCAUGGUGUGUCUGCGCAGUAAGAACCAGGCUCUGAACAGCAAGGCGCUGCAGACCUGCGCCACGCACCUGGCCGUGUACGCCAUCCUGCUGUUCUCAGGCUGCAUCAUCAUCACCCUGCACCGCUUCCCCAGCCUCUCGGAUCACGGGAAGCUGGCGUCCAUCAUGCUCCACGUGAUCCCGCCGGCUAUGAACGCCAUUAUCUACGGACUGCAGAUCAAAGCAAUUAGAGAAAAAGUUAUCGCCAUAUUCAGGAUGAAAACCCCCGGGAAACAGAAAGUCAAGAACUGGGAUGGUGAGAAAUGA